AUGCCUGAACCAACAAAGGAACAAAUUCAACUCGUCUUCAAGAAGCUCAAACAGAAUCGCUACAACAAGGUGUGCUUUGACUGUAGCUCCAAGAAUCCAACAUGGUCAUCUGUAUCGUUUGGUGUUUAUCUUUGUACGGAUUGCUCAUCUACGCAUCGGAACAUGGGAGUGCACAUUAGCUUUGUGAGAUCCACCGUACUCGACUCAUGGACCUGGGAUCAGCUGCGGCUAAUGGCAGUGGGUGGCAACCAAGCUGCUACUGAGUACUUUUCCAAAAACAUGACAACUGGAUCAAGCAAGGAUGCAAAGGCCAAAUACACGAGCAGAGCUGGUCAACAAUACAAGAAAUUACUUGAGAAACGUGCUGCCGAUGAUGCCAUUGCUCAUCCAAAUACUGUGGUGAUUGACAUCAAUGAGGGAGCCGAUCAGACAUCCGACACAGCUGCUGCAAGCAAUGAUAUGGAUACGCCAACAUCACCACCACCACCUGUCGCUGAAGCUGUUGCCACGCCAACCAAUAACGAUGUUACAUCUGACAACAAAACAACGCCUGAACCUGAGGAGAAAAAAUCUGAACAACCUGCCAAGGAAACAUCAUCAUCAUCAUCAUCGCCACCACCCCAACCAUCACCUUCUCCAGCAGUACGCACUACCACGACACCACGUACACCACCUACUGCUACUCCUACUAUUCGUACAACGAUGCGCACGAAUCGAGGACGAUUAGGAGCCAAGAGUGGCAAACUUGGUAUCAAAAAGGCACCUGUGAAUUUCAAUUUCGAAGAGGCCGAAGCACGUGCCAAGGAGGAGAGUGAGCGUAAAGCCAAAUUGGGGUACAGUGAUGAGCCAGAGCCUGAAGAAACAACAUCAGCAUCGUCACCAGCAGCAAAGAGUGGCUUCUCGUCUCGUUUGGCAUAUCAAGAUGACAUGGCAACAAGUAACAAGGAGCAGGAAAAAGAGGAGGCUAUGGAGAAACUUGGUUUUGGUAUGACGCGCAUGAACAUGGGCAAUAGCAGCAGCAGCAAUCGAUCCAUGUCCUCGUUCUCUUCGACUCGUGCUUAUCAUGACAACAACAAUGAUGAUGAUUUGCCUACUCAAUCAGCCAAGGAUAAGUUCGGCAAUGCCAAGGCCAUCUCAUCGGAUCAGUUUUUUGGAAGGAAUGAGUAUGAUCCUGCUAUUUCAGCUGAGCAAGCAGGUCGUCUUUCACAAUUCACAAGUGCACGGGCCAUCUCUUCGGAUCAAUAUUUUGGACGUGAAGAACCACACUCGCCAUCCGAUAACACGGCCUAUGGAAAUGAUUGGGAUGCAUUACAAGAUCAAGCAGUGGAUAUGGCACGCAAGUUUGUUGGUCAGGCAUCGGCUGAUUUGGGUGCGGUACGUGAUUUAGCAGAAUCAGCAACGUCAAAGUUCCAGGACAUGUUGCAGGAUCUUCAGGUAUGA